GACAACGAGAAACAAGUCAUCAUUAGGGAUUGAAUCGCAACAACCCAAUAUGGUUAUGAGAAGCGUUCGGUUGUCACUGUCCUCCUUCGGAUUCGUCCUUUUUCUUUCUUUGUUCUCCAUCCGUUCGACAAUCUCGUUUCAAAUCUCAUCAAGUUCAACGAGGACGUCUCCCGCAUCUUUCGAUUCCAUUGACACAAAGAGCGUGAAUUCAUUUUCCUCGCCUCCGUCGCGAUCCAAAUCAUCAAUUGGUCUGUAUGGAGUUGUCAAUGACGCCGACGAGGACGUUGCCACCACCGACGAUGCGGCGGACCGGGACGACGGCACCCCGGGUUUGUGGGACGCUGCGGGAAUUUUGGGAACGGCUGCGUCGAUCGUGGUCCUGCGGUCUGAGUUCGUCCUAAAAACCACAGGAUGCGGUCUGCCAGCCGGUCCUUUUGGAAUCGUGGGAGCCAUCGAAGGCAUCAGUUAUCUGGGUGUGGUGGCCACCUGUGCUGCCUCGGUGGUGGAUUUGGUAGCUUCGGAGGAUGGUGCCUCGCGUCCAAAGACGGUUGCAGGGCGCGUUGCCGCAGCUAUGAGUUUCGCGGCCGUUCUGGUGGGAAUCACUGUUUUGGCCUUUCAGUUGACGGAUUAUGGGUACAUACCCAACGCCGUCCCGAUGGAAGGCGGAAUGUGUGAAUGAUGGAAGGAGUUGUCCGGUUGCAACAAUGUAACAACAAUGUAACAACAGUGUAACAACAAUGUAACAACAAUGGGCAUCGCUCAAGUCAACUUACUUCCCCCCGACGAGUCAGAGAACAAUCCCUUGGGAAUAGAGCAGAGAUUCAAUG